CCUCCUCCGGCUCCUCUGCCCUGCCGGAGCGCUCGUUGCUCCUCUCGGGCUGAAGCAUCGCCUGCACCGGGAUCUUUCCGAGGAUUUUUUUUUCUGUAGGGGUGGGUGGGGGGUUUGUUUACUGCACGGGAGUGUGAGCGUGUUCCUCCCCGCCGCUCUGCACCUCUCGGUCGAUGGUCGUUGGGGAAGCUUCCAUCUUGAGUCCCGUGUCUACCGAGAGAACCAUGGCGAGCGACUCCCCGGCACGGAGUCUGGACGAGAUAGACCUGUCUGCACUACGGGACCCAGCCGGUAUCUUUGAGCUGGUCGAACUGGUUGGGAAUGGCACCUAUGGGCAGGUCUACAAGGGUCGCCAUGUCAAAACUGGCCAGCUCGCUGCCAUCAAGGUCAUGGAUGUCACAGGCGAUGAGGAGGAGGAGAUUAAAGCCGAGAUCAACAUGCUGAAGAAGUACAGCCACCACAGGAACAUAGCAACCUAUUAUGGAGCCUUCAUCAAGAAAAAUCCUCCAGGAGUGGACGACCAGCUCUGGCUGGUGAUGGAGUUCUGCGGGGCCGGCUCGGUGACAGAUCUGAUCAAAAACACCAAAGGGAACUCCCUGAAGGAGGAGUGGAUCGCCUACAUCUGCAGAGAGAUCCUCAGGGGUCUGACCCACCUCCACCAGCACAAGGUCAUCCACAGAGAUAUCAAAGGCCAGAACGUGCUGCUGACGGAGAACGCGGAGGUCAAACUCGUGGACUUUGGUGUGAGUGCUCAGCUGGACCGUACGGUGGGACGGAGGAACACGUUUAUUGGGACCCCGUACUGGAUGGCCCCGGAGGUCAUCGCCUGUGAUGAGAAUCCUGAUGCCACGUAUGACUUCAAGAAUUCCUAUCUUUUUGCUUUCUUUCCUUUCCUCUCCCUCUGCUCUCCUUUCCUUCCUUUUGCCUCCUCAGCUCUGUGUGACAUGCAUCCGAUGAGGGCGCUCUUCCUCAUCCCCAGAAAUCCUGCCCCGAGACUCAAAUCAAAGAAGUGGUCGAAGAAGUUCCAGUCGUUCAUAGAGAGCUGCCUGGUGAAGAGUCACAGCCAGAGGCCGAGCACCGAGCAGCUCCUCAAGCACCCCUUCAUCAGAGACCUCCCCAACGAGCGGCAGGUCCGCAUCCAGCUGAAGGACCACAUCGACCGCACCAAGAAGAGGAGGGGCGAGCGAGAUGAGACGGAGUACGAGUACAGUGGGAGUGAGGAAGAGGAUGAAGAGAGGGACAUAGGAGAGCCCAGCUCCAUCAUCAAUAUUCCGGGCGAGUCCACGCUGAGGCGAGACUUCCUGCGUCUGCAGCUGGCCAAUAAGGAGCGGUCGGAGCUGAUCCGGCGUCAGCAGCUGGAGCAGCAGCAGAACGAGGAGCACAAGCGCCAGCUACUGGCCGAGAGACAAAAACGUAUAGAAGAGCAGAAAGAGCAGCGGCGACGGCUGGAGGAGCAACAGCGUCGCGAGCGAGAGCUGAGGAAGCAACAGGAGCGAGAGCAGAGGAGGAGGUAUGAAGAGAUGGAGCAGCUCCGCCGCGAGGAGGAGAGGAGGCACGCCGAGAGAGAGCAGGAGUAUAUCCGUAGACAGCUGGAGGAGGAGCAGAGGCAGCUGGAGAUCCUGCAGCAGCAGCUCCUGCAGGAGCAGGCCCUACUGCUGGAGUACAAGAGGAAGCAGAUCGAGGAGCAGCGGCAGGCCGAGCGGCUGCAGAGGCAGCUGCAGCAGGAGCGGGCGUACCUGGUGUCGCUGCAGCAGCAGCAGGAGCCGGCGCGGCCGCCGCAGGACAAGAAGCAGCUGUACCACUACAAGGAUCAGGCGCCCAGCAGCAACGACAAGCCCACCUGGGCCAAAGAGGUGAUGCGUCGAGCUCAGAGCAACUCCCCCCGCAUCGCCCCAAAGAACUAUAACUCCUUCACGGAGAAGCAAGACAUCAACUUUGAAGAGCUCCUCAAGCUCCCUGGGUACAAACCUCGGUCCCGUCCCCCCUCCUACCCCGUCCACGUCAGCCCCACCAGACAUCACAUUCACACACCUCGAAUCCGCAUCACCUGCGUCCCCGAGCCCGCCUACUCUGAGCCCGCGGGGUCCCGGAGGAGCCCUGACAGGAGUCCCGACAGGAACGCCGACUCCAGGGGCCGCAGCCCCAGCCGCUUGCAUAAAGUCUCCAACCGGAUCUCAGACCCGACCCUGCCGCCGCGCUCCGAGUCCUUCAGCAGUGGGGGCAUCCAGCAGGCCCGGACUCCGCCCAUGCACCGCUCCAUGGAGCCACAGGUUCCUCAGAGGACGACCUCCAUCUCUCCGGCGUUGGUCAGGAAGAACUCUCCUGGAAACGGGCCAGGCCUCGGCCCGCGGGCCGGCGCUCACCUCAUACGGGCCAGCAACCCUGACCUGCGGAGGCCCGACAUGUACUUGGACACUCCCCUGAAGAGAACAAGCAGCGGCAGCUCCUCCAGCUCCAGCACCCCCAGCUCUCAGGGAGGCUCCAACGAGCGAGGUAAUUCAGCGUCUAAGACUGAAGGCCACGACGCCAAAGACGACAACAGAGAGAUAACCCGACCCAGCCGGCCUGCAGAUCUGACGGCUCUGGCCAAAGAGCUUAGAGAGCUGCGGCAGGGCGAGGAAACCAGCCGCCCGCCGGUCAAAGUGACUGACUACUCGUCGUCCAGUGAGGAGUCCCACAGCAGCGAGGAUGAGGAGGGAGAGGGCGGGGCUAACGAUGGAUCUGUGGCCGUCAGUGAUAUCCCACGCAUCAUGCCCGCUGCGAGUCAGAGCGCCAACGAGUCCUUCGGCACAGCGGGAGAGCACAACGACACCAACGAGGACACGUAUGCAAACAGCUCCCAGGACAGCACCCUGGUGAUGCGUGAGAAACACAGGGAACGGAGGCGGAGCUCAACCGCCAGCAACGGUUUCCCCGGCAAACUGUUCUAUGGCAGCGCCAAUCUCCCCGAUUUGGUGCAGCAAAGCACCUCCCCCCUGGUCUCUCCAGGGGAUGCCUCUGGGGUCCAAGUAGGAGUGAACCUGCUGGUGGGAACGGAGAACGGCCUGAUGCUGCUGGAUCGAAGUGGUCAAGGCAAAGUUUACAACCUGAUCAAUCGAAGGCGCUUCCAACAGAUGGACGUCCUGGAGGGACUCAACGUCCUGGUCACCAUCUCAGGGAAGAAGAACAAGCUGCGGGUUUACUACCUGUCCUGGCUGAGGAACAGGAUAUUACACAAUGACCCUGAAGUGGAGAAGAAACAGGGUUGGAUCACAGUCGGGGACCUGGAGGGCUGCGUGCACUACAAAGUCGUGAAGUACGAGAGGAUUAAAUUCUUGGUGAUUGCUCUGAAGAACUCAGUUGAGAUCUAUGCCUGGGCACCUAAACCUUACCACAAGUUUAUGGCUUUCAAGUCUUUCACUGACCUGCAGCAUCGCCCCCAGCUGGUGGACCUGACUGUAGAGGAAGGGCAGAGGUUAAAGGUCAUCUAUGGCUCUAGUGUUGGCUUCCAUGUAAUUGAUGUGGAUUCUGGAAAUCCCUACGACAUCUACAUCCCCUCACAUAUUCAGGGUCAGGUGACCCCGCACGCCAUCGUGGUUCUGCCCAAGACGGACGGCAUGGAGAUGCUGCUGUGCUACGAGGACGAGGGCGUCUACGUCAACACCUACGGACGCAUCACCAAAGACGUGGUGCUGCAGUGGGGCGAGAUGCCCACCUCCGUCGCCUACAUCCACUCCAAUCAGAUCAUGGGCUGGGGAGAGAAGGCCAUUGAGAUCCGGUCCGUGGAGACGGGACACCUCGACGGAGUUUUCAUGCACAAGCGAGCUCAGCGACUGAAGUUCCUGACGGAGAGGAACGACAAGGUCUUCUUCGCCUCGGUGCGUUCUGGAGGCAGCAGUCAAGUCUUCUUCAUGACCCUCAACAGAAGCUCCAUGAUGAACUGGUAACCCUUCCACCUCUUGGACCCGCAACCCUUGUUUUCUUCACCCUGAACAUUUGGCCACUGAGGGACGACAGGAGGACGGCGUAUGUGUGCGUAAAUGUGUGUGCGUGCGUGUGUUUGUGGAUAAACGGACAAUUGAGCAUCAGGAGGAAACUGCAGGAGUGUGCCCACCCCACACACACCCCCCCUCCAGCUGCAGGGGGCACUACAGGGCCCCCGCGGAUGGCGUCACUGCCUGCUGAGCAAAGGUGACUCCUCGUGCUGUCGGCGGGCGACGCCUCCUCCUCCCCUGCAGGCCGACGGCUGACGCGGACAUGCCGAGUAGCCUUCGACCUUCCCGUUCGAUCGAUGAGGAGCUGCAGAGGUUCCAAGUGUAGCACAUCAGUGACUUUACAUUACAGCAGUGUUCACGCUGCGGGCGCGGCGGCAGGUGGUUUGGCGUGUUACAGUGAAAGCUGCUGCUUCUUAUACUGUGAUUAAAUUAGGUUAGAAGCAUGAACGUCCACACUAAGCCUGCUGAAUCUGACAGUUUCGUGGAUUUGCCACCAAGUGAACGUCGACAAUCGUGAGAAUGUUUCGUCACCUGCACACAACGUGGUUUCUGGCUGCCUUUAAGUUUCUGCUGAGACAAACGAGUCCCUCGGAAAUAAUAAUAAUCGCCUUCCUUUGUCUCGAUGCACGUUUGACUCAGUGAGAAGUGAGAGGGCUGCGCACAGAUGGUGUUUAUUUAAGGUAGUGUUAAAAGAACAGAGAUCGUGACAAAGAUUUAUUUAUAGCCAAAAGCGAAUCGCUGAACAUUUUUGCAGAAUCUUUCAAAUUUUAGAAGAACUUAAAAAAUCCUCAGAGAGAAAUUGUUUUGUUAGUUUCUCAAAAGCAGAGGAAGAGAUCUGAAUGACGCAGUGGAAAGAGAAUUAGUGUGACCUUAACCUCCUAGGACCUGGCGUCCACAUUUUGGGUUAUUUAGACCAAAAUACUCAAUUUUGCUCUACAAGGGCCUGAUAUCCACUUACGAGGACGUUAUAC